AUGGAGGAUGCAAUGGAUGAAGGAGGAAAGGCAGGGCCAGGAAGGAUGAAGAGUAGAGCAGAAGAGCAUCGUGCGUGUGAGGUAUCGAGGAGAAGGGUUGGAGACGGCACUGAGACCAUGCCCUGCCUGCUCUCCACAAGUUUCCAUCAGCCAUUCCGAGAUGCGACGAGGCUGCUGAGGAUUUUGAUCCUUCUCAGCGCGUAUGUCGAGUGGGGAUUCACAACUGGCAGUGAAAGAUCAGAUAGAUCUAUCGCUAGCAUUCUUCAUCACAAGAUGUGCGACAAGAUCGAGCACAGAAGGCUGCAUGGCCCCGGGAGGCAGCGGCUGCUAUACGGGGAUGGGAUGAUAACCGCAGCCCCCAUGCUGUCGCUGCGAGGAGGGUCUGAUAACCCGGAACAUGUUAACAUUGAAGAAUCAGAAGGCCGAGGAACGAGCGAAAUGCAGGGAACUUCGAGUCUACAGAAUGUUGAGGAGAUCACCAUGGACGAGUUGAAGGCUCUGCCCCUGCCAGGGGAGUCAAGAAAAGAGAAGGCAGUCAAGAAACCUGGGAAGCCCACCGAUGAGAAGAGAGGAGAUCAGUCCGUUACUGAAAGUAAGGAUUCUGUGCCAAUGGAGUUCACAGAGAUGAGCGUUGAGAAGGGCGUCAAAGAUGGCAGCACCGGCUCCGUAAUGGACGAGAGCAAAACAGGCUCGGACCUGACUGGAUCCUCGACUGCGCAUGCCAUCAGGAAAUAUCGUCACCCAACUCGAAAUGCUGUUCGAGACCUGAUACGUGAGAAGCUGUGCGAUGCCUUACAGCCCCAUGUUCUGCCUGGGGACAAGUACAGUGCUCUCGAUGCGGCUAUUGCGAUAGAACACUCCAUGUAUCAGUAUAGAUUCUUCGGCAAGGAUGAGAGCAAUUCAAGAUAUAAGGGAAGAGCACGUUCAAUCCUCUUCAACCUGAGAGAUUCAAAGAAUCCAGAUCUACGAAGAAGAGUACGGUUGGAGGUUAAGAUGCUCGAUCAGUAUCGGAAGACAUAUGCAGCAUACUACAUGAAGUCAAAUUCAGCUGGAGGAGCAGAAGAUCAAUAUGCGGUCAACAAUCUUGCUUCCUGUCUCCGACCUGUUCCUUUGUCGGAGGUGCCAGAAGAGGAAGUGUACAUACUAUCAGAUGCAGACAAGAAGUGCAGAUGA